AUGUCUGAAGUUAAACCAGGUAAUACUGUUCUAGCCUCUUCUAUUUCCAAGAAGUUUCUCAAAGAGGUGGACGAGAGAAUACAAAGUAUGGUUUCAAUAAAACCAAACGGUCCUUUAUUGGUGGCUUUUCUCGCAAACGAUGACCAUGCCGCUGAAAUGUACGCAACUUGGACUGGCAGAACUUGUGAAUCCCUUGGCGUUCGUUACGAAUUGAGGAAGAUUGAUGACAAGGACUUCCUUGAAGAAGCUAUUUUGAGUGCUAAUGAGGAUGAUGAAGUUGACGGUAUACUGGUUUACUACCCAGUUUUCGGCAAUGCUCAAGAUCAGUACGUACAACAAGUCGUUUCAAGAGAGAAGGACGUGGAAGGAAUGAACCACGUGUACUACCAAAACCUGUACCAUAAUAUCAGAUACUUGGAUAAUAAUCAAGAUUUGAAGUCUAUCCUUCCUUGCACUCCGUUAGCUGUAGUUAAGAUCAUGGAAUACUUGAAGGUAUACAAUACGCUUCUUCCAGAGGGAAAUAGGUUGUACGGAAAGAAGUGUGUGGUUGUAAAUAGAUCAGAAAUUGUUGGAAGACCACUAGCUGCUCUUUUGGCAAAUGAUGGUGCCACAGUCUAUUCUGUGGACAUUAACAAUAUUCAGAAAUUUUCUCGUGGUGAGAGUCUAAAAUUUGCGAAGCACCAUGUAGAAGAUCUUGGCGAUUAUUCAGAGGAGCUGUUACAAGAAUGCUGCCAAGAUGCAGACGUCAUAAUUACUGGAGUACCGAGUGAAUCUUACAAGUUUCCAACUAGUUUUAUUAAGGAUGGAGCAGUAUGCAUCAACUUUUCUUCCCAUAAAAAUUUUGACGAUUCAGUGAAGACCAAAGCUGCGCUGUAUGUCCCAUCUACGGGUAAAGUUACCGUGGCUAUGCUGUUAAGGAAUAUGCUUAGACUCAUUGAAAACCGUCGUAAAAUGGCCGGUAACUAA